AUAGUGACAGCUAUUGUCGCAUCUCUCUGACUCUCAUGUCGAAAACCCCUUCGAGUUACGUAUCAUCGCCAUACUUUCAAAACACUACAGAAGACUUGUACAGAAAGCUGGAAGCACUGAAGCCGUCUCUCGUGCAAGAAUGUGUGGCUCAUGACCCGUGGAAACUCUUGGUCGCUGUGACUUUACUCAACAAGACGACCGCAAGGGUAGCUUUGCCAGUGUUCUGGAAUCUCAUGUCCAAGUGGGAGACUCCUUGGGCAAUGUCUCAAGCUAACGAGCGACAGCUAAGGGAUCUGAUUCAUCCUCUCGGAACGUACACCAUCCGUUCCAGGCGACUCAUUGAACUCUCGAAAGCCUACCUUAUUGAUCCUCCCACUACGUACGAUGCUCGACCAUCUCGACCACGGGUGCCCUCGCCGUCCAAGAACUCCAAGUCUACUCGUCUCAAACCAGAUCUACCACCUCUGUCUUCUCCCCGUCUUCGAGAAGGUCGAGUCCGUUAUCCGGCCACCCCCAUUUCUCAUCUACCAGGAGCCGGACCCUAUGCCCUGGAUUCUUACCGUAUCUUCUGCACUACAUAUGAUGACCCGUUCUCCGAAGAAUGGAAGUUAGUAAUUCCAACGGACAAGGAGCUUAUUGCGUACCUUCGUUGGAAAUGGGCAAUUAACGAACAUAUGGAAUGGUUUCCAGAAACUGGGUCGACACAACCUGCGACUCCGUCAUAUCUGAGUAGGCUGUUGAUAUACCUUGCUCUGAGAAGAGAGGGCCAAAACAUGAAUCAAAUAUUGAAUUAG